AUGGCCAAAACAAGAGGAGCCAAGACCCCAUCUCCAUCAGGUCGCACCAGAGCACUAAGAGUCUUACUUGUGCAAGACUCCAUGACUGAGCCUUCACAGCCACCUACCGUCCCACCUUCAGUAGAUGGAGCACCGCCGAGUCCCCCUUUGAGACGAUAUGAGACCAGGAGACCACCCACUCACCAGGGAGAAGGUCCACAGGAAGAAGCUACUGAGAGCGGAUGCCAUUCCAUUACUAUUCCCAAGGUUGCUCUGUCAGAUAUUAGAGCACUUGGGCCAAGAGCCCCAACUGGACUAGAGCAUCCAGAGAUACCACAACCAGAGCAUCUAGAGGAGCCACAGCCGGUUGAGAUACCUAUGGACAUCAGAACACCUGUCCCUGCAGUGCCAUCUACAGGACCUAUGCCUGAGUUUGCAUUUUCUACUCCUUUUGCCACUCCCGGGACUCCGCCAGUUGUACCAGCUGCACCCGAGCCUCAUUCAUCUGAGUCUUGUAUAGCCAUAUCCAUUUCAGAGUUUAGAAGCCUAUGUCAUACAUUGCAAACAUUGACAACUACUCAGAGUGUUCUUACCCAGCAGAUGGCAAUCGUUCGUGCACAUCAAGAUCAACUUAUUGCCACCUAG